AUGAACGCAUUGGUUUCUUCAUUCCUAUUCCUUUUCUUCCUCUUCUCUUCAAAUCUAUGUCAAUUUGUUAUAUCCAUCAACCAAAAUGAUACCAAUGAUGAUCUAAAGACUUACAUAAUUCAAGUUGCUCCACCAAAAAAUGCUCAUUUGGACCAAAAUGAGCUUAGGAAAUGGUAUAGAUCAUUUUUGCCCAAUAACUCUGAAGAAUUUGCUCGGUCGCGAAUUAUCUAUGAUUAUGAUACUGCACUUACGGGGUUUGCAGUAAGGCUUACGCCUAAAGAAUUGAAGGAGGUCGAGAAGAAGGAAGGAUUCUUGGGAGCAUACCCUGACAGUGCAUAUCAUCUAGAUUCACCUAAUAUUGGAGAGGGAAAUUGA